CCCUAGCUUCAGUUCAAGGUGGCAGCCUGGCCUGUAAGGUCGCCCUUGUUUGGGUGCCUGUGUUACUGUUACAAAAUAGAUGCUUCACUCUUGCACUCACCGAGGAUUUCAGGACUCAUCAGUGGGAUGCGUUUCUGAUGGCUCCUGCCACCUGGUGAGGUGAGUGGUGUGCUGCUGGCUGAGGGCUUGUUGCUGCUGGGAAUCCCUCUGAAUCUCCAUCCCUCUGGCAUUCCCUGGCUGCUACACACUUGCUAGAGUGCAGAGAGUCCUCUGCUGAGAAAGGAGCUGCUCACAGAAAGAUGCUUUUAUACAGAGCAUCUGUACUCACAGCUGAUCAAGGAAUAAUUCUGGUCCCUUUGGGAUCUAUUUAAAGUAUCUGGAGAUAAGAGUUUUGCCUUGUGAAUUGCUGCAGAAUUAAUCUUGAGAUGAUCUGCAGGUUCACAGUCUCUGGAAAAUACAAACCAAAUCCCUUCUAAGCCCUUGACUCCCACUAGGAGAGGCCCUGGAUCAAGCUCAGAGCAUGCGCUGUGCACCUCAGCUGACGCAUUAAAACUAAGCCACACUUCGCUAAUUAAGGAUUCGUGUCUUUUCAAGCAUAUUCUGGGCAGGCUGCUUGUUAUCAUGCCUUUAAGGCUGCAACAGACUUGCCAGUUGAGACUGAAAGCUUGCUAGUUAAACUGAAAACCAACUGUAUGCUAAAUUACUAAAGGGAGUUGUUGGUUUUUUUUAAUACAUUUUGUGGGAUUUGUAAUCAUUACCUUGGAAUUUAGUUUCCAUGGUGCUUGGAUGGUAAGACCGUAUCAAGAACAACAUAGUGGCUUAGUAGUUGCCUGUCUGAGAUCAUGCUGGCUUUCCUCUGUGUGUUACCUGAAAUAUUUUUCUCCUCCUUCUUUCAAAAGAAAAAAGAAAAAAAAAUAAGAUGAAAAGCCAGAGUCAGUUAAACUCUCCAUAAGAAAUCAGACUCCUGUAGCUAUUUUGUGAAUUACAUUCACUGCAAGAAGUACAAAAAAAAUAAUUUUAGAAAAGUAAGCGUAUAAUUUCCUCCAGACUUCUAUGGUGGACUCUGCUUAGGCUAUGUAGAAAAAUUGAACAGACUUCUUGGUAAUUUUUCUUCUGUUCCAGAAAGGUAAUGAUAAAUCGUCUCCUUCAUGCCAUUCAUCUAGUUGGUUUUGGGGCCCUUCCUACCAUGAUACUGGACGACCAAAAUGAGUGACAUAGCCAUGGUUGCUGUCCCAAAACCUGAUUCUGCAAAUGCACAAUGAAAAGUUUUGCCUACUGAAUGAAUGUUCUGCUCCGAAGAUCUGGGCUCAGAGUGGUAUUUCUGAGAUUUUUUUUUCCCCUCUCAUAAUGGAUUUUGAACAACUGGCUCAGUUCUUAUUUCAGAGUUGACUGCUCACUGUAUUGUCACAAGGCAGAAAAUUCAGUAAAAAAUAAGUAGAUACUAUCCAUAAAUAUGCUCGAGUACAACUUCCUUACUUUUAUUUUAGUCCUGUGUCAAGAAUGUGUAUUUGCAAACUGUCUUUCUCGUAAUUUGUGAGAAAGGGUGGCUAAGGUGGAAAAAUGCUGGGGGAGGAUGUGAGGUGUAGGAAGUCUCCUUAUCUUACCCAGCUUUUCUCUCAGAGCUAAUUGCCCCUCUUGUGAGCAAGGACAACUCCCAGCAGCUUCUGGGGCAUGGAGGAGAAAGAUAUGUUGGCUGCCACUGUAAGGCCCCAAUCAAGUCUCUCUGUGAGACUUUUGAAAGUGUUUAUAAUGGUUCCUGUACUCUAGGUUAGGCACACACGAGAAAUACAGACCAGAUAUUCUCAAGAAGUCAAAAGAACACAGAAGUUUACUGGCAAACUUCUGAAAAAUCAGGAGACUUUGGCUAAAGACAUAGUACAACAUCUGAUCAAUGUAACACACUUCUCACAGCAUUAAUUUAGCCCAUCCAACUUAGCAAACUUUAAACCUGUUCCAUGUUAAGUUACUCAGAAUUUUCCAAGAAGAGGGAAUUAGAAGAAGGAGCAAAAGAGAAGAUAUAGAAAAGCACAUAUGGCUGCACUAAUGCCUGGGUUCCGGCAGUGUUCAGAUACAAACUGCAAGGGGACGGUAGAGUCAAGAUGUAGUGCUCUCAUACUCAGCCUUAAAAACCCCUGGGCCUUUGUGAGCCCAGGUGGGACUUCUAGUCUUUUGGGCCACUCAGGAGCUGGGUUAGGCAGAGUGGAGCCCUGCCCCUGGUCUGCCAAUGCAGGGCUGGGAUAGAGGCUGGGGUGUGGUAGGGGCAGAGCACUGCCUCACCAGGGCCAAGUUUGAUCUGUUCAAUCACACACACAGGCAUCCCUAAAUGUCUCGAGGCAUCAGUCCUUCCAGUCUCUGACAGGUGCAUGCUGCACUUCAGAGCCUGGGCUUGAGAGGGUCAGAAAGCCAUUUUUUUCUUAAUCUUGCUGAGAAAAUGCCAAGCAGUGCAUUGAAAAUGUGCAUCUCUAUGGGGCUUGGCCAGCUUGGUGUUUUCAUGCUGAGGUUCUCAGACAUCAGCUCAGGAAGUGUUAUGAGGGUUGGAAAAGAAAUUCUGGGGUCCCAAGGAUGGGUGGCCAGUAGCUUUUAAUUAAUUGAGUGACUUGACUUGGGGAGAGGCUCUUGUGGAGUCUUGGAGGAGGGUGAUGAGAAAAAAUGAGCAUGCAACUGAUCAGUUAUGGUCCAGAGAGAAGAAGAAAGGUGUCCAUGAGCAGAAUCUGAUGUGAGCUUUCUUCUGGGAUGAUGUGGGUUUGGGGAACUGUGCCAGAUUGUGGGAUGUGUUUCAGGAACUAGAAACUGGUGGGAGCUGGUAGUGUGAUGAGUAACAGCAUCUCUGGUAAGUGGUUGCUGCUGGGCUUUCCUGGCACUUGGUGACCUCCUUGACCUUGGCUGUUCCUGCAGAGAGCCCAGCACCUGAGCUCUGCAGUUCUUCUGGGAGCUGUGCGCUGUAGGUAAGAGCCAAAUCUGCUCUGGUGAGGCUAUGCUGACCCAAAAAUAGUAAAUCCUCCUGGGUACAAGCUGAAUGUCUUUGCACAGUGCCUUCUAAUAACAGCAAGAGAUUAUCCAGGUGUCUGUAUUGUUGAAAGAAUGUCAGAUUCCCCCUGCUCCCUCAAGCCUGUCGGUUACAGAGAGUUCUGGAUAAAUGGCUGAUAGUUAUGUGGAACUGGCAUCCAAGCAGCUGGCAUCUGAUAUAACAUGUGCAGGAAGGAGCUGGGUGUUCCCGUCCUAGAACGUGAAAUACUAGAGCUAGGACAAAAAAAUAGCACUAAAAUAGUCUUUUUCCUCAAAUCGUGCCAAAGCUAACCUGAAAAAUUGUAAUGUGGUAUAUGAUUGCUUUUGCAAUUUCUCAAUAUUAAUUUGAUGGCAGUGAUGUCCAAACUCUUUAAAAGUGUUCACACUGUGCACUUUUCUGUCUUGGUGAACAGAAGAGUCUCCCAACAGGCCUGUUCUGCAGCUUAAUAUUUAUGCUGUUGCAAAGCUGGAUUGGGCAGGUGAGUGUUCCCAGCUGUGCUGCAGGUGCUGCCCACCGCUGCUGCAGAGGAUUUGGCUGUAGGUGAGCACAGACAUUGUUUGACAGGAUUGCAGGUGUUGGAGUUGGGACCUGAACACCCACUCACAGGUGAGUGUGGCAGGACAGACUGUUCUGGGUGGAAAGGGGCCCCUGAUGGCAUCCUCUAAGGAACUGCUCUGCAAGCCAAAACCAAGCUAAGCUCUUUUUUAAACUAGGUAAUUAUGUAAAGUAAUAAUUAUGAUAUGCAGUAAGGUGCUGUUAUAUGUAGUGUAUGUACUGUACAAGAUAUUGGGAGUGCAACAGCACCCACAUUAUCGCAGCAGAAGAAGUUGGCUUUUACGCAAGCCUACUUAUUUUACAAAAUCCUGUCACUGUCUGGUGAUAGCUCUUUGUUAUUAGUUUCAGUUCUCUAAAAUGACUUUUAUGCCCCACACAUUGUCCCCAGCUUGCUUGUCCUGAGACCCCAGGUUCAGUCCUCACCCCACAGAGCUGCAAGUAGUUGGAUGUACUCAAAUAGAAACAAAAAGUGGCCCCAGGGGGUGAAGCCUGAGCACUUGCUGUGGUCAGGAACUGUUCCACUUGCUGUGGUCACCACCAGCAUUCUGCAACAGGCUGAUUUAUGCUCAGAUGACAUGUAAAUUGUAUCUGAGUAUUUUUCCUUCUUGGAUGCUCUAGCACUGGAGCUCGGAGCAGACCUGGGUGUUGCCAGAGUGCAGAGCUGGCCAGUGGUGUGGUCCAGGCUCUGGUGCUCCAGCAUCACACUGCUGGAGGGCAGCUGUGCCCUCUGAGGUCUCUUUGCCUGGGCUGCAGCCACCUAACUGGGGCUGCCAGGGACUUCUGCCAGCAUUACAUUUGGACUCUCUGGUAAGAGAAAUUACCAGGUUUGGGGGAAGGUCAGGCCUCUGGGGGUGUAAGGAAAAGGUCAGUCAGGGCAGUAUCUAAAGCAAAGUUGACGUUUGCAAAGAAGCCAGACUAAAAUGAUUUUUCUCAUCUUGUCAGCUCAGCAUGAGUCUCAGGCCCACCACCUGUGUGUUACCAUCAGAGCUGGUGCCAAGCAUGAACCCAGGCUGUAGGCUGGGUGUGGAGAGGAAAGGCUACUCCCAGCAACUGGGAGCACAUGCAAGGAACCUCAAGUGUGGCCAGAGCCUGGAGCGCGACGUUUGAUGAAAUCAUAGGGCAGCACAUUGAAAAAUUUUGUAAAAAAUACAUGACAAUGGAUGCUCCUGGAGUGCUAGCAAGAUACCCAGACAUCUUUGCUGUGGUGAUAAUCAUCAUCCUAACAGGGCUUUUAGCUUUUGGUGUGAAAGAAUCUGCCCUGGUGAACAAAGUGUUCACCUGCAUCAAUGUCCUUGUCCUUGGAUUUGUUGUGAUCUCCGGUUUUGUGAAAGGAUCUGGUAAAAACUGGAAUCUGACUGAACAGGAUAUUUACAACACCAGCCAUAGCAUUUUCAAAGACAAUCAAACACAGGAAGAAAAGCUCUACGGUGUUGGGGGGUUUAUGCCCUAUGGAUGGAAAGGAGUCCUCUCAGGAGCAGCCACGUGUUUUUAUGCUUUUGUGGGAUUUGAUUGUAUAGCUACUACAGGUGAGGAAGUAAAAAACCCUCAGAAAGCCAUUCCUAUUGGCAUCGUGGCAUCUCUUCUCAUCUGCUUUGUGGCUUAUUUUGGUGUGUCAGCUGCUCUGACACUCAUGAUGCCUUACUACCAGCUGGAUACCAAUAGCCCUUUACCCAAUGCCUUUAAAUAUGUGGGUUGGGAUGGAGCCAAUUAUGCAGUGGCUGUCGGUUCCUUGUGUGCACUUUCUACAAGUCUCCUUGGAUCCAUGUUUCCAAUGCCUCGAAUAAUUUAUGCUAUGGCAGAAGAUGGACUUCUGUUUAAAUUUUUGGCUAAAGUCAACGAGAAGAGAAAAACUCCCUUAAUUGCAACGGUGACAUCAGGAGCUACUGCAGCUGUUAUGGCCUUUCUCUUUGACUUGAAAGAUCUUGUGGACCUCAUGUCCAUCGGGACCCUCCUGGCGUACUCCUUGGUAGCAGCCUGUGUGUUGGUACUGAGAUACCAGCCAGAGCAGCCUAAUUUGGCAUACCAGAUGGCUAGGUCGACAGAGGAGACAGAUAACAACGAGUCUGUGAGUACCAGUGAAUCACAGGCUGGGUUUCUGCCAGAGGAAGAGGAGAAGUUUUCCCUCAAAGCCAUACUGUGUUCCACAGAUUCAGAUCCUUCCAAAUUCUCUGGUUCGGUGGUGAACAUCUCAACCUUCAUCAUUGGUUUCCUUAUUGUGGGUAUCUGUAUCCUGACUUCCCUUGAGCCAAACAUUCUGAUAAGCACUGUACAGAUUAUUGCCGCCAUCCUUGUUGUCACUAUCAUCUUCAUUAUACGGAAACAGCCUGAAAGCAAAACCAAACUCUCCUUUAAGGUACCUUUUUUGCCCUUUCUUCCUGUUGGGAGUAUUUUUGUGAAUGUUUACCUCAUGCUGCAGCUCGACGCAGGCACAUGGAUUCGGUUUGCAAUCUGGAUGCUCCUAGGCUUUAUCAUCUACUUUACCUACGGAAUAUGGCAUAGUGUGGAAGCCAGCUACGGAGCCUCAGCAGAAGUGGAGAGAAACACAGACACUGGCUCAGACAGCUGUAAAUGACUGUGUUUGGCUUACGGGCGACUGAAAGAAUGGCUGUAGUGAAAGAAACUUUGUGGUGGGGAUCCUGAACCAGAUUACACCUGUGAUCAGUUACACAGGAAUAAGGAAGCAGAAUGCAGGCCUCCCCAACUCGGUUACUGCAGCUUGCAGUUUGUUUAGCAGCACAGUUAAAAGGGACCACAAGAUGAAAAGACACAACUCUGGCAUAUUCCCAGCAGCACUGGCAACUCAUCUGGCGCGUUUCUCUCUCUCCCUCUCCUGUUUUAUUUUUGGGUUUUUGUUUUUUAUUUUUUUUUUCCCCCAAUGUGUAGAAAGAGAACUGCUUCUGUAUGCAAAUGCUGCUAUGAAACCAGGCCUCACAAAUGUCCUUCUUUCAGUAGCCCCGGGAAUUACCUCCCCACAGAUAUUCUACUCGAUUAUACAUGGAGCAGAUUUUGCAGUGCUACUGUCAGGCAUAGACCAGGAUCCAUCCUUCACCCUCUUUGUACACACACACACACACACACACACACACACACACACACACACAAAAAAAAAAAAAGGUUCUCACGAAAUCCUAGAUGUCACUAGGUUAACAAAGCACCUGCAAGAUUUGAAUUCUUUAAAAUAUCAGGUCUUAGCUUUUUUGUUUUAUUUAACUGGGUGUUUUAGCUCCAUCCUCACAUGCUUUAAAGCAUGUCACUGCUGUGAAAUGUUGGGAAGGUUUGUGGUCGCUGAUUGUCAGAUGAAUGAUUGCUUUCCAGCACAGAGGUAACACCAGCAGGUGUUUCUCCUGGCUGUCUCCACAGAGAAACUGCCAGCUUUUGUCAGGAAACCAUGUGGUGCAAGUAUUACAAAGGCUUGAAAACAAUGGGUGUUUCCAAAGAGCAGUCCUGCCUCUGCCUCAGAAACCACCAGUGGUUUGGCUGUAGUGGUGGGGGUGGCCAGCAAAACUGAGCUAGCUCUGACAGCAAGUGGAGCCCUAUAUUCCUCCUCCUCUUACAUCAGUUUUUUUGUGCUGGCUGCCUGGCAUUAGCAGCUUGGGUUUGGCAUUGGCAGGUGGAGCACCUUCCUGCCCUGGGAAGGGAAGCAGGUUCCUCAGAGGCAUGAAGUUCUUAUAUGAGCAAUGCCUGCCUGGUAUCUGGUCCCUGCCCAGGGGAGGCUGUGGAAGUGUGCAGGGGCUUCUCAGUCCCAGCAGAGCGUGCAGCCCAGAAAACACCAUUAAGCUCUAGGGUCUGACUUGCUGAGGGGAACUUUCCCUUUAGGGCUGGAGAUCAUCUCCAGAGCCUGCCUGUAGUGAAAGGUAGGAAAUUUGGAGUUGAGACCAGGGUCUGUAUUUGAUUGGCAAUGCCUUGGUUUUGGCUGUGAUUUUUUUUUGUUUUAAUUGUCUCUAAUAGCUUUCUCUAGCCAAAUUAAUCCACUACCCUAAAAAGGCUUAUUAAAGCACUGUGAAGAUGAGCCAUGCCCAAGUAAUGCUACUGAUCUAAAUUAAUGCUUCAGCUUGUACUGAAAAACAAAUCAUAGAAUUUUGGAAUGGUUUGGGUUGGAAAGGGACCUUUGAAGAUCAUCUGGUCCAGCUUACCUGACAUCAGUAGGGACAUCUUUAACUAGAUCAGGUUGCUCAAAACCCUGUCCAACCUGCUCUCAAACACUUCUGGGGUUGGAGCAUCCCAGAUAGAUACUGCAGAAAUCCCCUUUCCAAUGUGAGUGGAUGCUUUCCUAGGUGUCUUUCAUAUGACUACUGCCUCUGGACAGUCUACUGAACACUGGACAGUCUUUUAUUUGUUUGUCAGCAUGGCUCUACGCUGAUGAAGCGACAGGCUCUUGUACCCGUCAUUGAGUUGGAGAACUGAACAGACCCCUGCAUGACUAGCCCAGGGUCUCAGCAGGCAUCUGAUGCAGCAGAAAGGGGAAUCAGACCAUCUCCUGGAUUACAUGGCUGGAUUGUGGACCAUUUCUCAUGUUUCCAAGAGACUUUAUGGCCUUUUUGCCCACUGAAGGGUUUUAAUCUUUUAAAUCUAGUACACUGGGAGGCUUUUCUUCUCAGGAUUGAAAAUUGAGGAAGUGAAGGCAGUGUGUUCAUUGCCUCCUAGGUGCACUCCAGGGUGUGCUAUGAGUGCAGCUUCCCCACAGAAAGAAGUCAUGAGUCUUCUCCAGUCGCCGGGUCUUGCCCAUCCACCAAGCCUUUGCUCCUCAUGCAUAUACAAACUCUUACUCAAGCAGGAAGAGAUGAAUACAGAAAUUAAAAGCCACUAAGUUGAAGUCUAUUUUGUUUAAACACAGGCAAGGUCAACACAUUCCACAGCCUCCCAAAAGGCAUUGAAAAUAUGGUGGGAGGGCAACAAGAUUAAAACUCAGACAGGAUCAAAGUUUCAUAUUGUACUAAAAAUAUAAGGAUGUUUUUCUUCCUGGCUACUAGCUUCUGUUCAAUAAAACAUGAAGCUGG